AUGUUCCGCAACAGAAAGAAUUCCCAGAAGCCAGACGACCUCCUCAUCCAGAAAUUUCGAAAGACCUUCUCAGAUAUUGUUUCCCCAGUCGUCCACCGCAAUGCCACGCGCUUCGGUCAGACGCCCAUUGGACCUAUCACUCCGACUAGGCGGGAAAUGAAUAACGAUACGAAGCUCAGUGAUUCUACGCCCCGCGCAACAGAAGACAUGCGGUUUCCAGCUCCCUAUACCGAUCCGAACGCUGUCUCUUAUGUAAUCCCGCUACAACCACAUAGGAGCUCUACGCCCAAUUCAGGUAGACUGGGUGCCGUGUACCAUAGUCAAGCGGGGGAAUUGCAUUUUCCUGUGACGGGUCUGAGUAUGAUUACUCCGCUCUCUCUCCCGCAGCAGGUUUCUGCAGCUCCCGUCAACCCCGAAACUGCAGCCUCAGGUCUUGAUAACUUCGACCAGCAAUAUAUUCCCCCACACUUCCAUUGCCCCCAGCCGUUUGCUCAGCAGCCAACCUUUGCACCCACGGCUUUCGUUCAGAGUGAUGCAGGUUACGAUGCCAUGGACGAGCCUGUUGAAGAACACUCUCUAAACAAUAUGGAUGUGCAGAGUAGCACGCCUUCUCACAACCUUGCAUCAUCAAUUCAAGACGAUCAAGCGAGCAUUGCGAACCCAGGUGAAACUCUUCGCUAUCGCAUCACUUUGCGCGCACCUACAGCAAUGAUCAAUGGCCAAGCCGAGAUCCCAGUUACUUACCUCAACAAAGGCCAGGCGUACUCGGUGUCCGUGAUUGAUUCUACGCCGCCCCCCAUGACUAUGCGAUCGAUCAAAUAUCGAACCUAUAUCCGUGUGUCAUUCCAAGAAGAAGAGCAGAGGGCAAAGCCAGCUGUUUGUUGGCGACUAUGGAAAGAAGGUCGAGGUUCCGAUGAAGCGCAUCGACGAGGCGGCAAGCUCCAAGCAAUGGAGUAUGUCGAUCCCAUACAGGGAGGCAUCAAAGAGACAAAGAACCGGCAGGUCCAGCUCGAGAGCUCAGCAUUCGAUGGAUUCUGCGUCACAUGGACUCGUAACCCGUCAACUGGGGCCUCAGAAUGUUUGAUACCUGUCCGGUUUAACUUCCUAUCAACAGAUUUCAGUCUGUCCAAGGGUGUCAAGGGUAUUCCGGUCAGAUUGUGUGCGAAGACAGAAAUGCUCUCCCCGGAUUAUGCGAGCUCAACCCCGAGCAGGAGGGCAGAGGUAUGCUACUGCAAGGUCAAGCUUUUCCGCGACCAUGGGGCUGAGCGGAAGCUCUCCUGUGAUGUCGCUCAUGUUAAGAAGACCAUCGAAAAGCUUCGACAACAGAUUGCUCAAGCUGAGAUGGGCCCCGGUAACUGCGGCAAGCGUAAGCGUAGCAAUGGCUUGGUUGCACUCAAGGGCGCUGAUCCCCGCCCAGCCAAAAUCAGCAAGUAUAAACGGGUACGGUCCGUGGGCUCGCAGGACGGCCCUGGCAAAAUGCGUUUGGAAGGCGAUCUCCAUGCGAAGCUUGCCUUAAUGCAAGGCAUGUUCACAUCAACGCGGCCGGUAAGCGUCCUAGGAUUGCGGGGUGAAGAGCAAGACGACCCGGAGUUGUACCCUGUCAUGCUGCCCGAGUCGCGUGUUUUCGUCGAACAAGAGAACAGUCGCGGGUCUCGGCUCAGUAUUGAUGGUUCGUCUUUGCACGCCGUUUCACCUACCAGCAGUAGCAUCUCCGUGAGCUCGCCAUUCCUUCCUACCAAUCUGCAGUCGAAUACGUUCUAUUGCUCAGGGUACCAUCGAUCAUUGACCACCUCCCGAGGAAAUUCACUACCAUGCUCUGAAGUCCUGGGCGACAUGGUCACGCUAAAGUAUCCCGUCAAAGUACCGAAGUUCACUUCAACCGUCGGUAACGCCAACAUGGGAUACAUAGAGGCAGUAGACAUUGACCCAAAUUAUCAUCCACCGGCGGAGCGACCAGUAAUCUCAAACAGGCGAACUGACAUCAUCCUAUUCGCUUGUUUCUACGUACGAUUUCCUUGUAACGAUCGGCUUUCGGAUGACUAUUACCGGGCCGUCUAUCUGACUGAGCGGACAGUUCGCGAUCUGAUCGAGAAGAUUACCAUAAAACAGCGCAUUGAUCCGCAGCGUGUAGUGCGUGUCCUCCAUGUCAAGCAAAAUGGCCUCGAAAUAAUGGUGGAUGAUGAUGUGCGCGAGCUUCCUGACGGCCAGGACAUGAUUGUUGAAAUGUCCGAGGUAUCGUCAUUCAAGAACGCCGCAGUUACGGGGCCAGGAAAUCCUAGUUCAGCCCUCGAGCUCAAAUUAAGCUACUAA